AUGUCUACUAGUGAGAAGAGCCCUUUUUGGGUCGAGUCCGAGGACUGGCAUACUGCCGGCGAACCUUUCCGUAUCGUGGACAGGCUGCCAAACGGUUAUCUACCCGAGGCCCAAACCGUAGCCGAUCGUCGUUUCGCAGUCAUCAAAACUCCUGGCCACCCGUUAGAUGAGCUUCGCCAAUCACUAUGCCAUGAGCCCCGCGGCCACGCAGACAUGUACGGAGGUUUUGUCACGCCGCCUGAUGACUCUGGGGCUCACUUUGGGGUCAUGUUCUGGCAUAAAGACGGAUUUUCGACUGCAUGCGGGCAUGGAACCAUCGCCUUGGGAUACUGGGCUGUUACAAGGGGACUCGUCGAAGCACCCAAAGAUGACGGAGUUGUCGACGUCAUUAUCGAUGUUCCCUCUGGGCGCGUGGUUGCCAGCGUCGGCGUCAAGCAGGGCAUACCUGUCUAUGCCGACUUUGUCAACGUGUUGAGUUACCAACUUGUCAAGGACCUGGAGGUCCAGAUCCCGUCUCAUCAUGCAACUAUCAAAGUCGACCUUGCCUUUGCUGGUGCAGUCUACGCUACGCUUGAUGCAUCUCAGAUCGGAUUAAAGGUGGAGCCUAGCAGCCAUCAAGACCAUAUCAAACUUGGCAGAGAGAUCAAAGCAUUCAUUGGUGACAAGGCCAACUAUGGCACCUACGAUCUCUAUGGCGUGAUCUUCUACAACGAAGAAGGCGAUGUCAAUAACGAGCGAGACGAGGUGAAACAACGAAACGUCACCGUCUUUGCUGAUGGACAGAUUGAUCGUUCUCCGUGCGGUUCGGGUACCUGUGCAAGGCUUGCUGUGCUGCUUGCGCAGGGCAGGAUAGCACCGGGUCGCUCCAAGCUUAUGCACCGGUCCAUCGUCUCUACUCGCUUCCAAGCCGACAUCGUAUCCGAAGAGACAAGUCCCGUGGAAGGCUUUCCUGCCUGUAUCCCACGCGUCCGGGGUCAUGCCAAUCUAGUUGGGCGGAUGAACUUCUACAUCGAUCCUUCUGACCCGGUUUACCCCGGCUUUCUUCUCCGCUAA